AAUCUGAAAGGGGCGAAGGUGAAGGGAGAUAUGGAUGUUUCAGUUCCAAAGAUAGAAGGUGACCUCAAAGGGCCGAAGGUAGAUAUUGAUGCUCCAGAUGUUGACAUUGAAGGACCAGAAGGGGGAUUCAAAAUGCCCAAAUUCAAAAUGCCCAAGUUUGGGUUCAAAGGUCCUAAAGUUGAAGGCCCAGAUGUAGAUGUCAAUCUACCCAAAGGCGAUAUUGAUAUCAAAGGGCCGAAGAUAGACAUUGACACACCUGAUAUUGACAUUGAAGGCCCUGAAGGAAAAAUCAAGGGUCCUGGAUUCAAGAUGCCAACCAUUUCUGGACCCAAUAUCAAAAUGCCAAGUAUGGAUUUUAAUCUGAAAGGACCGAAGGUGGAAGGUGAUCUCAAAGGGCCAAAGGUAGACAUUGAAGCUCCUGAUAUUGACAUUGAGGGCCCUGAAGGAAAAAUCAAGGGUCCCGGAUUCAAGAUGCCAACCAUUUCUGGACCCAACAUCAAAAUGCCCAAAUUUGGUUUGAAAGGUCCUAAAGUUGAAGGCCCAGAUGUAGAUGUGAAUCUACCCAAAGGCGAUAUUGAUAUCAAAGGGCCAAAGAUAGACAUUGACACACCUGAUAUUGACAUUGAAGGCCCUGAAGGAAAAAUCAAGGGUCCUGGAUUCAAGAUGCCAACCAUUUCUGGACCAAAUAUCAAAAUGCCAAGUAUGGAUUUCAAUCUGAAAGGACCGAAGGUGGAAGGUGACCUGAAAGGGCCAAAGGUAGACAUUGAAGCUCCUGAUAUUGACAUUAAGGGCCCUGAAGGGAAAAUCAAGGGUCACGGAUUUAAAAUGCCAAAAAUUUCAAUGCCUGAUGUAGACUUUAAUCUGAAAGGGCCGAAGGUGAAGGGAGAUAUGGAUGUUUCA